AUGUAUUUCUCCAAGAUAUCCCUUACCUUGGCCUCGGCCUUCCUUUUUGCUUCUGCGCAAGCUACAUACCUCAAUCCCGAGUUGAGUUUUGGUCAAGAGAACAAAAUCUCCCCCAAUCUACGAGCAGUACCCAACUUCCAUAUCAUAGGCAACCCCAAACCCCCGGAAAUCCUAUCCAACAAACUCGUCCUCACGCCACCAGUGCCAGGAAACCAGCGUGGAGCAAUAUGGGCCGAGAAACCCCUCAUGCACUCAUCAUGGUCGGUGGACGUAGAUUUCCGCGCAACUGGUCCAGAACGAGGAGGGGGCAACUUCAUGGUGUAUCUGGCAAAGGAUGGGCGAGAAGAGAUUGGCACAGCGAGCAUAUACACAGUUGGGCGAUUUGAUGGUCUAGCACUGGUCGUAGACCAAUACGCAGGCUCCGGCGGCUCCAUAAGAGGCUUCCUCAACGAUGGCAGCACCGAAUAUAAAUCUCACCACAGCGUCGAUUCCCUCGCCUUCGGUCACUGCGAAUACUCAUACCGCAACCUGGGCCGUCCCUCACGCAUCGCCAUCCGCCAAUCCCCCGACUCCUUCAGCGUUGACGUUGACGGCCGCCGCUGCUUCGACUCCCCCAAGAUCAAGAUUCCUCUGGGCUACUACUUUGGCGUGUCUGCCGCGUCAGCAGAGAACCCCGACUCCUUUGAAGUCUUCAGAUUCGUUACCACCACCGAUAGCCAUACACCAGACGUCGCGGGCCAGCCAGGUGAAGAAUUCGUAGCUGCGCCAGACAACCAAGCCCAAGCACAGCAACCGAUAGGAAACACGCAGAACACGCAACGAGACAUACCAGAAGAAGUCCCAGCGUCCCAAUACACAAGCUCAGACGCGCAAUUCGCAGAUCUGCACAACCGUCUCCAAGCUAUGAUGCGUGCCUUCUCAAUGCAAACCCAAGCCUUUCAAACAUACCAACAGCAAUCCAAUGCCCGCCACGAAACGCUCUUGCAGAGAAUAACAGCCAUCGAAGCUAGUGCUAAGCAGCAAGAAGGAACUGGCAAGGUGCUGAAGGAUAUACAAUCCGAUGUCCGCCAAACGAAAGCCGAUCUGCAUAAUGCGCUGGACCAACAUGUUGCGGGACUCAAGAGCGCUGUGAGGGAGGGACAUUCUAGCGUUCUUGGCACGCUUGCAAAUACCGGGACGGGGCUAUGGAAACUUGUGUUUGUGGUUUUUGGGAGUCAGGCGCUGCUUGUGGGCGCUUUUGUUUUAUAUAAGCGGAGAAAGGCGAAUGGGCCGAAGAAGUAUCUGUGA